AUGGUGGAUGCAGACGAAUUCGACUUGUUGACCACGGAGCGUGAUCCACCGCCGACCCGAGAUGAAAUCAGGAAGUUGCCUCAAGAGCUCAAGAAAAUGCGCAAACUCGAGCUUCAUCGAAAGCGUAUGUCACGCUUUCGUGGUAGACGUGCAGUGGAGAAGAAGAACAUGCAUGAGGAGUUCCAUCGUCUUCUGGAGCAGCGUCUUGUCAAUCUCCGUUGUAGCAGUGUUUGUGGAGGUCCCGAGAGAAUCACUAAAGUUCAGCGACAGUUGCAGCAGCUUGUGUUGGAGCGCGAGUGGUUUCGAAGCGAAAGCGAGACUUUACGACAAAAUCUCGCACGAUUCGUGGGAUCUCGCUAUGGGCUGGUGUUUUGCUGGGUUGGAACGUCUACCACAGCAAAACCACCCUGGGAAAGAAUGGUCAUUCGCUCAUGUCCAAUGUAG